AUGUACGUUUGUGAGAACGUUGAUGCGGCGCUCGCGUACGUGAACAAAUGGCGCGCGCCGCUCCUGAUUCUUGUGAACAGCGCUGACUCAGCAGCGGCCGCAGCUACCUGUUCACUAAACUGCGACGACAUCCCAGAGUUUUACGCCUCUGGCCGAGUGCAUGGCAAGAAGGUAAUCAACCCCAACUUCCGUUUCAGUUCCGAAGCCAUCCAACACAGCGGGCCACUGCAGCGCCGGGCCCUGGAAGUGUUUCUGAAAGAGUCAAGACUCGACAGCGUGGUGGUUGUGCACCUAAUUGUUGCAGGAUCGGCUGCUCAUGAAUUGUUCGUUGCCGCCGUUCCAGAGGCCAAAGAUGUUGCUCCUUGUCUCUUUGUUUUUUCGCCGAAGCAGAGUGGGAUGGAACGCGUCGCGUUGCACGGACCCAACUUGACUCCUGCAAACAUCAGCAACGUACUUCGCACAUCGUUUCAGGCGCUUCAGGUGCCGGAGUCGACUGGGGCACGGAGCACAUUUCUCACACAAGUGGGAGACAUGAAUGCGGCACAGCAGCGUUUGUUGCUGUCUCAACCUCAGGAUGCUGGAGCACCGCGGUUCGGAGCGCUCUCCACGGUUGCCGUUACUCCUGCGGCGCGUGCCGCCCCUGCUGGUGAUACAACACGGACUCAUCCUGCAGUACCAUCUCAAAUGGGGGAGAAACGGGCCGGAGACAAAGAUGAGGGUGGUGUCGCUAAGGGUGAUAGUGACGAGGCACCUCACAGUAAGAGGAGUGUGGUGGAAUGUCGUGAUGGUGAAGGGUGCCGUGUUAAAUACAGAGGCGGCGGCUCUGAUGAGCGGCUGGAGACUGAGACGGUUAGUGGCCCUGAAGAAGGGAAACAAACCGAACACCCGCCGUGCGGUUCUAGCACAGUAAAUGACGAAGGAGAUAAAACAGCAGUGGCUACCGCAGAUUCCCAAAGUGCCUCUAAUGGCAUAGACCUGCGCUGCGGUCUACCCAACGGCGAAACCUACACGGUGCGUGGGCUUGAUAGCUCCACCGCCACUUUGGCUGCGAAUGUGCGUGAACAGGUGGCAACUUUACUGGAGCACAACGAGUUUGUCUUCGCGCGACCGUAUCCACCACAUCGCUUUACCGUGGAGGAGGAAACCCGGACUCUUGAGACCAUUGGAAUGCGCAAUUCCUCAGUUGUGCGUGUCAUUCCGACGGGCGCUCCUUCCUAUGGAGCAGCUACCAGUCAGGUAAAAUCGGGUGCGACUGAAGUAUUUGGCAUGGUUUCGUCGUGGUUUGGCCGCGCGAGUGGCUUCGGCAACUCGUCAACUGCCCCUCAGGCGUCGGGAACAUCGGCCACUCGUGCGGCACGCCCACCCAACAGUCGGGUACGCACAAUGGCACAAAUGCUCGCUGAGAAUGAAGAAGAGGAGAACCGAAGGGCUUUACGGAACAGUGCGAUGGAAGGAGGACAGGGGAGUAGAGCAAACAGAUAUUAUGGUGGAGCAUCUACGGAAUACGUGGGGCGUGAUGAUGGUGAAGACAGCGAAGAUGAAGAAGUCAGGCGACGCUCCUAA